GACCAAGCUGACUGAAAGAUUCUUCAAGAAUACACCUUGGCCUGAGGCGGAAGCCAUUGCGCCGCAGGUUGGCAACGAUGCUGUCUUCCUGAUUCUGUACAAAGAAUUAUACUACAGGCACAUAUAUGCCAAAGUCAGUUUUCAGUCCUUCAGUCAGUACCGCUGUAAGACCGCCAAAAAGUCGGAAGAGGAGAUCGACUUCCUUCGUUCCAAUCCCAAGAUCUGGAAUGUUCACAGUGUUCUCAAUGUCCUUCAUUCCCUGGUGGACAAAUCCAACAUCAACCGCCAGCUGGAGGUGUACACAAGCGGAGGUGACCCCGAGAGUGUGGCUGGGGAGUAUGGCCGGCACUCCCUCUACAAGAUGCUUGGCUACUUCAGCCUGGUGGGGCUCCUGCGCCUGCACUCGCUGUUGGGGGAUUACUACCAGGCCAUCAAGGUGCUGGAGAACAUUGAACUGAACAAGAAGAGCAUGUACUCCCGGGUCCCAGAAUGCCAGGUCACCACGUACUAUUACGUCGGUUUUGCGUACUUGAUGAUGCGCCGCUACCAAGAUGCCAUCCGAGUCUUCGCCAACAUCCUCCUCUACAUCCAGAGGACCAAGAGCAUGUUCCAGAGGACCACGUACAAGUAUGAGAUGAUCAACAAGCAGAACGAGCAGAUGCAUGCGCUGCUGGCCAUCGCCCUUACCAUGUACCCCAUGCGCAUUGAUGAGAGCAUUCACCUCCAGCUGCGGGAGAAGUACGGCGACAAGAUGCUGCGCAUGCAGAAGGGUGACCCGCAGGUCUACGAGGAGCUCUUCAGCUACUCCUGCCCCAAGUUCCUGUCGCCCGUGGUGCCCAACUACGACAAUGUGCACCCCAACUACCACAAGGAGCCCUUCCUGCAGCAGCUGAAGGUGUUUUCGGACGAGGUGCAGCAGCAGGCCCAGCUCUCCACCAUCCGCAGCUUCCUCAAGCUGUACACCACCAUGCCUGUGGCCAAGCUGGCCGGCUUCCUGGACCUCACCGAGCAGGAGUUCCGCAUCCAGCUUCUGGUCUUCAAGCACAAGAUGAAGAACCUGGUGUGGACCAGCGGCAUCUCUGCCCUAGAUGGUGAAUUUCAGUCGGCCUCCGAGGUGGACUUCUACAUCGAUAAGGACAUGAUCCACAUUGCAGACACUAAGGUUGCCAGGCGCUACGGGGAUUUCUUCAUCCGCCAGAUCCAUAAGUUCGAGGAGCUCAAUAGAACCCUGAAGAAGAUUGGACAGAGGCCUUGAGCGUAUUCUCACA